GUCUGCGGAAAAAUCGCUGGUUACCUAAACGAGAACUACACAAAGCUGCACGAUUCCAGGGGAUACGAAAGCGAGCCUCACAAAACUUUUAUGAGGUACACUGUGCUGAUAUGCGAUUUAACGCUGUACAUCCCUACUCUGAUACUCUAUUUCUACUCCAGUAUUGGUUUGGGGGAAGUGCAGCACAACGAAAUCAAGAAGAAGAAGCUCAAAGCGCAAAAGACAUUGAACGAAAUCAAGCCUAUGAGCGUGUCUCUGUCGACGGUGCUGGCUUUGCUUUACCCAGGGAUCAUUCUAAUUGACCACGGCCACUUUCAGUACAAUUGUGUCUCACUGGGGUUAGCCGUGAUGGCUACGACUUGUUUGCUGCACGAGAGGAACAUUUUUGCUUCCUUCCUCUUUUGUUUGGCUUUGAACUACAAGCAGAUGGAGCUUUACCACGCCCUGCCCUUUUUCUUCUACUUGCUGAGCAGCUGUGUCCCCAAGCCCGGACAGGGAGCCAUCUCGGGAUUCGUGAAACUGUUUACAAUAGGACUUACUGUCCUAGUAAGCUUCGGGAUCAUUUGGUCGCCGUUUUUGUACCGUUUGGAAGACUUGUUGCAGGUUUUGCACAGACAGUUCCCCAUAGUGAGAGGAGUUUUUGAAGAUAAAGUGGCCAACGUCUGGUGUGCCUUAAAUGUGAUCUUCAAGUUCAAAACUAGCUUCGACAACAUGCAGAUGAUGAGAAUUUGUUUGUUUGCGACCUUAUCUGCUUUGUUUCCCAGUUCUGUUGAUUUGUUCCUCCGUCCUAACUUGAGAAAAUUCGUCCUGGCUCUUAUCAACUCAUCCCUUGCCUUUUUUCUUUUUAGUUUUCAAGUGCACGAGAAAAGCAUAUUGCUGGUCUCCACUCCAGUUCUUCUGUACUUUCCCUAUUCACCAUUUCCCUGUUUUUGGUUUCUGUGCAUGUCAGUGUUCAGUAUGACACCUCUUUUGAUAAAAGACAACUUGGCCAUAGCCGUCAUAGCUCUGAUGACCCUUUAUACGGUAUCUUUUCGGGUUUCCAUUGAACAUGCUUAUCGGAGUUCUCUAAAUACACAGGAUGGUUUAGCUGAGUACUACAGGAGUCUUCUACAUACCCUUCUGGAUAUUGAGUACAAGAAAUCGAAGCCGAACAACAUCAUCAAAAUUACAUUCAACCAAAUCAAAAGAAAUUCUGAAGCAAUAAAAACGCUGGUAUUUCAUUUUACUAUGUUUCUGUCUCUGUUUGUAGCCACGUGCUUGUUUUUUGCCAGUUUGGUCUUUAAACCGCCGGCUCGGUAUCCUGAUUUGUAUCCACUUUUGAUUUCCACAUAUUCCUGCAUUCAUUUCAUAGGUUUCUUUAUUUAUUUCAAUGUUAAACAACUACGGAUACCUCAGCAGUUUGAAGCCAUGAAGAAUGUAAAAUUGAAGAAUUGUUAGCAUUUGUUUUCAGGUAGUAGUUCGUGAUUUUGUAUUGUAUAAAUCAAUAUGUUGAUAUUUCGACAAUAGUGUACAUUUUUGUUAACGUUUUUUUAGAAAACAAUUUCGUUAAUGUUUUUGAGAAUACAAUUUUGAAUAGUU